AUGGAAACACUGAAGAGCAUUUUUAGGAAGAGCAAUUUAGACUACGAUUCUCCGAAUCUAGAUCUUUUUAAAUUUCAUCCGCAACUGAAAAUAUUCCUCAUAUUGAAUGGGAUAUUCUUUAACAACCCGGACUCUUAUAUCAGAUUUAUUUGGCCAGUAAUAUGCAUUACAACGUCACUGGUAGGAACGUCGUUUGAACUUAUGUUUACGUAUCACGGCUUUGAUGUAAAGGACUACUCAUUUGCAAUAGAAUGUUUCUGUUAUUCUAUUAUUUUAAGUGCAGUUCCCGUAGUUAAUAUAAGUGUAUUAUAUAAUGGGACAAAGCUUGUGGAUCUACUUAAUUCUAUGAACAGAGAUUUCUUGCAUAUUUGCAACUUGGGGUCAACGUACAGAAAUUCAUUUCUAAAAGGACAAUUGCUGAUAUGGCAGCUAUGCCUAAUCUGGUUUUCCUUCACCAUCGCUAUUUCGAUAAGCUAUACGGCAAGCACAAUAGGUAUGCUUAUGUAUCAAAGUUUGUUUGCAACUCAAACUGAAAACACACUGAGGCCUAUGAUAUUUCCAUUUUGGCUGCCUGACGACGACCCUUAUCGUUCUCCAAAUUAUGAAAUAUUCAUGUUUUGGGAAAUAGUUGAUAUGAUUGUUAUCAUUCAGACUUUCUGCGUGUAUAUAUAUGUUCUAUUUCACGUCCUGCUUCAUAACUAUUACUUGAUGAGUAUGAUGAUACUUGACUGCGAAGUGCUUUUCGAUGGCCUAGACGAGAGCGUGAUAAAAUUAUCCAAAUAUGAUCGCAAUCGAAUCGAAGUGCAAUCAAUCCUAAAUAGUAGGAUGAGAAGAAUUAUUGAAUGGCAUAAUUUCGUUCUGGAUUCGAUCGAUGCAAUUUCAUCUGUGUACGGGCCGCCGUUAGUCUACCAAGUGGCGAUCACCUCGAUUCCCAUGUCCUUAGCAGCUUAUCAAGUAGCUGAUUCGUUAGAACAUGGUAAGCUCCACUUCCUGUUUAUAAUGGUGGGUAUUGCUGUGUGCCUGCAGCUUUGGAUACCAUGCUAUCUUGGAACACUCAUAAGAAACAAAGCAUUUGCUGUGGGUGAUGCGAUCUGGUGCAGCGGUUGGCAAGGGACGCCCCUCGGGCAGCUGGUGCGUCAAGACAUCACCAUGCUCAUCAUGCGCUCGCAGAUCCCCCUCACUAUCCAGUUUACAGGACUGCCCCCCAUGGAACUUGAAACUUUCUCCUCGAUAAUGAGCACAGCAUACGGCUACUUCAAUUUACUACGCCAAUAUACUGAUAUGGAUUAGGAAUUGUACAUUUGCGAAAGCCUUAUUACCUACUGACCUUUAAUUUUACUAAAAUGUUAGGAAUCUAAACUGGUACAACUUCAAGUUCGACAAAAACAUGUAUUGCCCAUGUAGGAGAAGUUAGGUAUCUAAACAAGA